CGCGUGCGCGGCGCGGGGCCGCCGGCCGGAUCUCUCGCGAGGAAGGACGCCAUUAUCGCAGCCGCCGCACAAAACACCACGAGAACUCGGCGCCCGCCUCACACGGAGUGCAUGCCGGGCCAGCUCUGCCCUGGGGAGCUGCAGUGGUACCUGAGGGGUUUUGCUGCUGGUUCUGAAUGAUGUCAGAGCAGGAUUUGGCAGAUGUGGUUCAGAUUGCUGUUGAGGACCUGACUCCUGAUAAUCCAGUUGUGUUGGAGAACCAUGAGGUGGCAGAUGAUGAUGUGGAACCUGCCCUGAAGCGUCAGAGGAUAGAAAUCAACUGCCAGGAUCCCUCUAUUAAGUCGUUCCUGUACUCCAUCAACCAGACCAUAUGCCUGAGGCUGGACAGCAUCGAGGCCAAGCUGCUGGCCCUGGAGGCCACCUGCAAAUCCCUGGAGGAGAAGCUGGACCUGGUCAUGAACAAGCAGCACAGCCCCAUCCAGGUGCCCAUGGUGGCCGGGUCCCCGCUGGGCGCCACCCAGACCUGCAAUAAAGUCCGAUGUGUUGUCCCUCAGACCACAGUGAUCCUCAACAACGACCGGCAGAACUCCAUCGUGGCCAAGAUGGUGGGGCAGGAGGAGCCGCUGAGCAGAGCUGCAGAUUCCCUGGAGAACAUCCUCAGCAACGCGGUGCCGGGCCGCCGGCAGAACACCAUCGUGGUGAAGGUGCCCGGGCACGACGACAGCCACAACGAGGACGGCGAGAGCGGCUCCGAGGCCAGCGACUCCGUGUCCAACAGCGGCCAGGUGGGCAGCCAGAGCAUCGGCAACAACGUCACCCUCAUCACCCUCAACUCCGAAGAGGAUUACCCCAACGGGACGUGGCUGGGCGACGAGAACAACCCCGAGAUGCGGGUGCGCUGCCCCAUCACGCCCGCGGACAUGCUGCACAUCAGCACCAACUGCCGCACGGCCGAGAAGAUGGCCCUGACCCUGCUGGACUACCUCUUCCACAGGGAGAUCCAGGCCAUCUCCAACCUCUCGGGCCAGGGCAAGCACGGCAAGAAGCAGCUGGAUCCUCUCAUGAUCUACGGGAUUCGCUGCCACCUGUUUUACAAAUUUGGCAUCACAGAGUCAGACUGGUACCGCAUCAAGCAGAGCAUCGACUCCAAGUGCAGGACAGCCUGGAGAAGGAAGCAGCGAGGGCAGAGCCUGGCUGUGAAAAGCUUCUCCAGGAGAACCCCCUCAUCCUCCUCCUACAGUGGUUCAGAGGGAUCCCAGAACUCGGUGUCAGCCUCCAGUGAGAUGCAGCAGAACCAGCCCCAGGCCCUGCACUACGCCCUGGCCAACGCUCAGCAGGUCCAGAUCCACCAGAUUGGAGAGGAUGGACAAGUCCAAGUAAUCCCACAGGGCCAUCUCCACAUAGCCCAGGUGCCCCAGGGAGAGCAGGUGCAGAUCACGCAGGACAGCGAGGGAAACCUGCAGAUCCACCAAGUGCACGUGGGUCAGGACGGGCAGGUGCUGCAGGGGGCUCAGCUGAUCGCCGUGGCCUCAGCCGAGCCCGCGGCCGGCGGCGUGGACGGCUCCCCGCUGCAGGGCAGCGACAUCCAGGUGCAGUACGUGCAGCUGACCCCCGUGCCAGACCACGCUGCCACCAGCCAGGGCACCGAUUCCCUUCAAUCAGCAAUCCAGCCAGAAAUGCAGAUAGAACACGGAGCCAUCCAAAUCCAGUGAGAGGACUGAGGAAUGUUGGGGAGCUGGCAGUGAACUCCAGCCACAGGUGGAGUGGCAAGGGCUGGAAAAACCUCCCAGACCUCAGAACCUCCAGCCAUGCCCUGCCCUGCCACACCUGGGAUAAUUCCAGCUUCAAUCAGAGCUGCAUCGACACCAAUCCAAGUUCUGGCCUUCAAAAAAAAUUAAAAAAAAAACAUGGGCUGCACUUAAAUCCACUCAGAGAGGACAAAACAAAUCUUUCAUGGGGAGAGGAAGAACUCUCCUGCAUCCAAACUGUGAGACUCCAUCCCUGCCCGUCCCGUUGGUCCCUCCUGUGAAAAUGGAAUGUCUACAGAUGUUUGGGGUAUUGCUGCCCUGCAGUACCUGCUUUGCCACGUAGAGGAAGUUCCAGAGCUCAGAUAUUUUUCACUGUUGGAACAGCCUUUUUUUUUUUUUUUUUAUUUGCUAUGGUGUUUAUAACAAAAACAAACAAACAAAAAAAGGAAAAUAUUUAAAAAAAGGAAAAAUCCCUUGACAGCAAGUCUUGGCCUUUUGCUGGUGUUUUCUGUUCAGUGUCAUGAAAACUGUAUUUGCAGAAGACUAACACUUUUGUUUGUACUGUUGCUUAACUACUUUUCUAGGGGAAAAUGCUUUAAAAAUGCUGUAAUUACGCAUUUCUAAUGAAAAAUAAAUGUGUAUUUAUGAA